GAGUGAGGUACUGAGAAAGCCAGCACUUGAUCAACCUGAAAAAAAGCUCUGAGCUUCUGCAGCAACACUAAGUAAGUUGUGUGAACUGAGACAAAGGAGACAUGUCGCGGCUGGUCUUGCUGCUGGGGCUUCUGGUGUACGUGGGCUCUCAGCUCUCCUCCGCCCAGCACUGGUCCCACGGUUGGUAUCCUGGAGGCAAGAGGGAGUUGGACAAUUUUGGCAACGCAGAGGUUUCAGAGGAGAUUGAGCUGUGUGAGGCAGGCGAAUGCAGCUACCUGAGACCCCAGAGGAGGAAUAUCCUGAGAAACAUUGUUUUGGGUGCUUUGGCCAGAGAGCUCCAGGAGAGGAAAUGACAGAUUUCCACCUUCCACCUCCUUUCUACCUACAAUGACC